AUGUUGAAGAGCACGCUGAGGCUUUCAAGAAUCUCUCUCAGAAGAGGUUUCACAACGAUCGACUGUUUACGCCAACAAAAUUCGGAUAUCGAUAAAAUCAUACUAAAUCCAAUCAAAUUAGCUCAGGGAAGCAACAGCGAUCGUGGCCAAACCUCUAAAAGCAAAACUGAUAAUGCAGAUAUUUUAUCAAUGGAAAUUCCAGUAGAUAUGAUGCAAUCUGCUGGGAGAAUAAACAAGAGGGAGCUUCUAUCCGAGGCGGAAAUUGCUAGAAGUAGCGUGGAGAAUGCACAAAUGAGAUUCAAUUCUGGAAAAUCUAUAAUCGUGAAUAAGAACAACCCUGCAGAAUCAUUUAAGAGAUUAAACAGGAUCAUGUUUGAGAACAAUAUUCCCGGAGAUAAAAGAAGUCAACGGUUUUACAUGAAGCCGGGGAAAGUGGCUGAAUUGAAGAGAUCUCAAAGGCAUAGGAAGGAAUUCAUGAUGGGCUUCAAGAGGUUGAUUGAAAUUGUUAAAGAUGCCAAGAGGAAAGGAUACUAA